AUGUUGUCUAGAGCCUUCGCGCACUCUGCGCGAUUACCAGCGCUCUCAAGAUCAGUUAUAACAACUUCGGUAUUUUCUAGAGUUUCUAGCAAAGCAAUUCCAAUCAGCCGGCCAGCUCCGAUAUGGGUGCGAGGUAUGGCUAAGGACCGAUCUCAAAAAGUGCCACCAAGUACGAGUUCAAACCCUCAAUCUACUCCCAACCAACCUUCACCGAGCGCUACUCAUUCUCAACCUGCGCGAUCCUCUGAAGGCCCCGAAUCCGAGUCCCCUGUCUCCAAACCCGACUUGAACUCUCUUCCCGAUCUCACACAAGGUAUUCCUUCAACUCUCGAAUAUGAGACGAGUGGCGCUACCGAUAAGUCGGCGCUUACAGCCCUCGAAGAGACGCCAGAAACCCAAGCUGGUGGCCGUGGUCGUGGGGAGUUACCUGCGUCUGCAUACGUAAGCUCAACAGAGAAGCGAAGGGCUAAGGUAGCCAAUCGCAUGUACGCCGCGUCGCUCGCACUAGGCAUUGUUCUCUUAGGUUAUCUAGGCCGGGACUGGGAUGAGGAAGAAGCCAGAAUGCAUACCGAUAUCCCCAACGGCUGGUCGCUUGGACUAUGGUGGAAGAGAAUGAUGGCUCGAUUUGGUGACGUUACAAGUUAUUAUAGUGAACCCGCCUUCGAAAAGUUACUACCCGAUCCCGACCCUAUGUUCGAACGACCUUAUACGCUAUGCAUUAGUCUCGAGGAUCUGUUGGUACAUAGCGAGUGGACGCGGGAGCACGGUUGGAGAGUCGCGAAGCGCCCCGGGGUAGAUUAUUUCUUACAUUACCUCAGCCAGUACUACGAACUGGUGUUGUUUACGAGCGUUCCUUUCGCUAUUGGAGAGCCUAUAGUCCGAAAGCUGGAUCCUUUCCGAUUCAUUGUGUGGCCCUUAUUUAGAGAAGCUACCAAAUAUAAAGACGGCGAGAUUGUCAAGGAUUUAUCUUACUUGAACCGUGAUCUUUCUAAAGUCAUUAUAAUCGAUACGAAGGCUGAGCACGUUCGGAAUCAACCCGAGAAUGCGAUCGUGCUUAACAAAUGGACUGGAGACCCGAAGGACAAGGAACUUGUAGCAUUAGUUCCGUUCCUAGAGUAUAUUCACACUAUGCAAUAUAAGGAUGUGCGCGAGGUUCUCAAGUCUUUCGAGGGCAAGCAUAUCCCAACAGAAUUUGCGCGCCGGGAGGCGAUAGCGCGCGCCGAGUUCCAGAAGCGGUAUGAAACCGAGAAAAGGAAGCGGAAGAGCGGGAUAGGUGCUCUAGGAAAUAUGCUCGGACUGAAGCCGAGUAACAUGAGUUUAAUGGUCCCUCUAGAAGGCGAGAUUAGUCCGAGCGAAGCUUUUGCGCAAGGCAAAAUGUUACAGGAUAUUGCGCGGGAGAGAGGUCGACGCAACUACGAAAUGAUGGAGGAGCAGAUCCGUGAGAACGGAGAGAAGUGGCUUAAGGAGGAGCAAAUGGCGAAUGAGAAGCUCCAAGCCGAAGCUAUGAGUAGUAUGAAGUCGUCUUUCACGAACUGGUUUCUACCCACGAAAGAGUCGGAAAAUUCUACCGACCCUAAAAAAGAGGCGUAG